AUGGCGUCGGCGUCGUCGGUUGCCACCACGACCACGAGCCAGCGCACGCCGCCCAACUGCGCGCGCUGCCGGAACCACGGCUACAAGAUCCCGCUGAAGGGGCACAAGCGCUACUGCAAGUACCGCUACCACACGUGCGACAAGUGCCUGCUGACGGCCGAGCGCCAGCGCGUCAUGGCGAUGCAGACGGCGCUGCGGCGCGCCCAGGCGCAGGACGAGGCCAUGGGCCUCAAGAAGCCGCCGUCGCCGUCACCGCCGCCCCCGCCGCCGCCCCCGCCGCUCGCCGCGGGCACCGUGCCCCCCGCCGAAAUGGGCGCCGCCGCCGCCGCAGCCGCCAUCGUGGUGCCCGGAGAGGAACACUUGCGUCCCGUGGCGGCGGUGCCACCGCGCCACCUGGCCGACGGCAGCUGCGACUCGUCGUGUUCGCCGCCGCCGCCCGGAGGCCGUCGCGGAGAGUCGCCGUCGCAGCACCCCCUGCCGCUGAUGCACCACCAGACGCCGUCCGGUGAGUACCGCCCUCCGCCCCCCGCCCCCCGCCACCGAGCCGCACUGCCACGUGCUGCGGCCGGCCGCCUCCGCGCGCCGAUUUCAAACUGCCGCCGCCGACGAGCUCUUCUGGCAUUCCUCACCUUCCGCACUAAGUAG